AUAUCGCCACAUUUAGAGGCAGCUAGAAGUUCCUGUGUUAUGCUGCAAUAUUCUAAACCAACUAACUCUAAAUUUUCAUCCACAUCGAAAGAUGUUUCAUUUUUCUCAUAAUCUGAUGGGAUUUUAUAUAACUUGUUUUUUAACAAUGUAUAAAAAUCGUUGUUGAUUGAAUUAACUGUAUGUAGUAUUGUUGAAGCAUUUGAGUGUUGUAAAAUCUGAUCUUUCAGAAAAAUUAAAGGACGACUGGCGCGUUGAGUUAAUGUUAAAUUUUUCAUUGUUCAAUAACAGUUGAUGACUACAAUAAGUUCAAAUACCUUGUACAGAUCUUUCUUUAUAAUUUAUUGUAGAUACAAAAGCGUGUUUCACAAACAUUAACCUUCAUUCCAUCACGCUACAUAUUAGAGGUUGUGUUACGAUUACUACACGGUGGUCGCGUGCAAACACAGAAAAAAUAAUAAUAUGAAUGGAAAGACGUAUAUUGAAAGCUUCAUUUCUACAUUUAUUUGAAGUAUAUUCUUAAUCCAAGAAGAAAUAUAUUAAUAAACAGUUAUAAUAAGAAUACUUUAUAUGUAUUGUUGUACGUUAUGUAUUUGGUUUGAAUACAAAUGUUAACAUGAGUGUCGAUAAUGUCGAUGACGAAGAUGAAGAGAUUGUUAUACAGUUUCUCGUUUUCAGGGAACACCUUUAUACGAACAUUUACAUCAGAUGGGUUACACGGAUUUUGAAAGUAUAAACAUAGAAAAACCAGUACUCAAGAAUGAAAGAAAACGUUAUAGUUUUACAGGUUUUGUACAGUAUAUAAAAGAUUCUUUUAAAAAACUUUCUAUUUUAUAUUCAAAAAUACAUCAGGAUGGCAGUGUGUCAAAGAAACAAGUACAAACAAUUCUAGAUGCUAAAGUUCUUUUAAAUGAUCAUGCAUGUAUAAUACAUGAAUCUAUGGAUAAAUAUGAUUGCAAACCAUGGAGGAUUAUACUAUCGAAAUUUCUAUUAUCAGGUGCAAUAUUUUUUUCUUCAAUAUAUAUUCCGUUCCCUUCUGUAUAUAAAAAUUCAAUACGAAUGUCUGGGUUAUCUAUGAUACUUUAUGAUAGCUAUAUGGAAUAUUUAAGAUGGGUUGUGCAUAAGGAUUUAAAAACUAUGAUAUCCUUGCAAAAUGAUUUAUUUAAUACAUACAAGAAGAGCCUUAAAAUUUUAAAAUACGGAUAUAAAAUAAAAUUACAGAAGGAUAAAGGCUCUCAACAGUUUUAUGAUCUUACAGCAGAUAGAGUAAAGUAUUUGCAACCUAUUAUGGAAAAUGUAGUAACAUGCUUGGAGCAUGUUUCAAUUAUUUAUUAUCAGAUCUCUUUGAUUCUCAUAAAGUUGUUACCAAUAAAUGUGCCUCAUGAAGAUUUACUAACUAGAUUUGAGAGUGCAUCAUUUAAAAUACGUGGUGAAAUAAACUAUGAAAAAUUACAGAGUUUGUAUUUCACUUAUAUACUUGUACAAUCAGAGAUGCUACAUAUAUUAGCAAUUACAUAUGAUAACCAUACAUGGCAGGAAUCUGGCUACAAAAUUCCAGAGUUCAAGUUAGCAUACAUCAUUAAUUUUUUAAUUAAAUAUUUAUCAUUGUAUAAAAGUAAAUUGUCAAAGGUUAUCGAUAUUUACUACAGUUCUAAAUUAGAACCAAUUUCAUUCAAGUACAGAGGGCCUGCUGCAUGUCAUUGGCAAAACUUAUACAUGCAUCUAUACCUGUCUUCAAAUAAGUUACAGUUAGCUUAUGGUCAUGUAUUAUCCGUGUUACAAUAUAUUGACAAUAAUGUUUCUGAGAACAUAACAAGCAAGGAUGCUGUAGAAAUGACAAUGCAGGAACUGAAUCAAGCACAAAAAAAUAUUGAAACUGCAAAGGAUUUUCUUGAAUUUGGUAGUAUAUACCUUUUAAAAACACAGAACAAUGAUAGUAUACAAGAUCGUGUAGAAGACAAUAUGUUAACACCAACAACGAAUGCUGACAUUCGUAUUGUACAUGAUUCAGAACCAUUAAUUAUGGAUGAAGUUUUUGAGGAAUACAUCAAAACAGAAUACUCAAAACCUUUAAACGAAGAAAGUGAUGAAAUUUCACUAUUCGACCGUAAACGGGAUAAAUCAUUGUUUAAGAAUUUUAUGGUCGAAUUAAAAGAUGUAUUGGUUGAAAAACAGAAAUCUAUGUCUGAAAGAGAAUUGAAAGCACUUCAACGAAUGCAGAAAACUAUGGGUGAAACAGUUUCAGAAAAUAUGUGUUCAAUUCCUGUACCUCCACCAAUGCCUUCACUUAAUGCCUCUUCAACAGUAGAAAAUAAACAAAUUAUAGCUGAUCAAAUUAAUAAAGCAACGUUUGAAAAUAAACAAACUGAAAACGGUGAAGAUUAUUUUGUUGAAGAAAAACCUCAAAUUCCACCCAUACCAUUACCGAGGAAACAAGGAUUUUCAAUCAUUUUACCACCACCAUUUUUAAAAGCAGAUGAAGAGACGUUUAUCGGUGAUGGAGAAAAUUCUGAAGACGAAAUUGUUGCAACAGAAAGUGAGGAGUAACAUAGCAAUGCGUAUUUGUUUUAUAAAUGCUUGGUUACAUAAUGAUUACGCCACAUUAAAGAUUGCAUCGAAUGUACUUAAUAUUUUAAUGUUUACCUUCAUCAUUCAGAGAAAGAAGCAUUAACUGAAGUAAUACUUUCAUGAUUAUUUAUUUACACACAUGAAACAAAUUACACAUUUUUAUAAGAAUUUUCAACAAAUAAAGACUUGUUUGUACAAUUUGCAGUUUGCAAGGUACUACCCUUUAAUGAUAAUAGUAAUAAUAUUAAUAUAUAAAAUGUGAUGUAAAAUUAUUUUACAGUAAUGCAAGUAACUUUUUUAAAUCAUACAAUUAAGUAA